AGAUAUAAUUUGAUAUAACCAUACUUUAUUAAUUAAAUUUAAAUACUAUCAUUAUUAAUGAGUAUUAAUUGAAACUGAAUACAUUUUAUGUGAUUAUCAAUACUAUCUGCUAAUAGUUUUAAAACUACAACUGAAUUCAUUUUAAUUUAUUUGUUAAUAAAAAAGUGUAAAUUAAUACCGGCUUUUGGUAAAAAUGGCAGUGCAUACGGUAUUACUUGAUUUUUCAUUUGAUCCUGCGUUAGGGAAAACAGAUAAUCAAGUCUCAAAUAUGUUAACUAAAGUGGAAAACAUAUUAAAGGAUUAUUUACAUACUUUGAAAAUUAUUCAUAGUAUGCAUUUGGAUGGUGGCUUCGUAAAAAUUUUCACCAGUGAAAAAGGAUGUAUGGUUACUCUACGAACUUAUGAUCAUGGUUUGUUAACAAUUACUUGGGAAUAUUAUAAAGCUGAUAAUCAAGAACCACUUCUGAAUUUAGAGUGUUCCAAGUCUUUAGAACAAAAAUUACGAGUAUCUUUAGACAGUUAUCGCCAUAAAUUAUUUCCACCAAUAAAACGUGGUGCCAAAUUCGAUGUGUAUUUGUCGAGUUCAGAUGAACGUUUAUUAGAAUAUGAUAUCGACAAGUUGUUAUUUGAAGAACGAUCACCAUUUCAACGAGUUCAAAUUGUACAUUCCAAAAGUCUUGGAAACAUGUUGGUUCUUGAUGAAUUACAAAAUAUUUCUGAAAGAGAUCUCAUAUAUACUGAAACCCUAAUGCGAAGAGGAAUAGAAAACUAUGAAAAUAAAGAAAUUAUAAUAUUGGGUGGUGGAGAUGGUGCUUUAUUGUAUGAAUUAUUAAAAGAAAAACCAAAAAUGGUGACUAUGUUAGAAAUUGACGAAGUGGUUUUAAAAGCAUGUAAUGAGUAUAUGAAGUCAAUUUGUGGAAAUGUUUUAGAAAAACGUAGAGAUACUAAUUAUGAGAUUAUUAUUGGUGAUUGUAUGAAGUCUAUUGAUAAAUAUAUCGAAGAAGGGCGAAAAUUUGAUUAUGUGUUUGGUGAUUUAACAGAUAUUCCAAUAUCUGACACUCCAAGUGGUGAAAUAUGGAAUUUUAUUAUGACUAUAUUAGAUAAAUCCUUCAAAGUACUUAAACCAACUGGAAAAUUUAUGACACAUGGAAAUGGUGUAAAUUCACCCGAAUCAUUAAUUAUGUAUGAAAAUCAAUUAGCCAAGUUAAGGCCGCCAGUUAAGUUUGAAAAAUGUACAGCAUUUAUUCCGUCGUUUAUGGAAGACUGGGUAUUUUAUCAAAUUUGUUUUGAUUCGAAACCCUAACAUUUUCAAAGAAUAGCAAAAUCUCAAAUUGUCAAUAUUAAAAAUCGAUAUUUGUGCAGUA